AAUUGGCGCGUAAAAAUCACAAACAAACAAUUGACAUAUUAUAGUUUAACUUAUUAUUAUUAUUAUCUAUUUCGAAUUAUUCCACUGGUGAUUGAAAAAGAAUUAUCAUUAUGGAGAGUGAUAGUGAAACUAAUAAUGGCACACAAGAUAAACAAGAAGACAUGAGUUUUGUAAAAUCAACCGCAGAAAUAGAAGAAACAUUGAGAUUAUUCCGUAUUCAUACAGAUAAUGUUAAACCUUUGACAUAUGCAUUAUACUCUACUGAGCCACUUGAUAAACCUUCAGAGCAGUUUAUGAUUUUAGAAGCAGAUGAUCAUAUAUUAAAAUCUAUAGAAGCUGGUGAAUGUGUAUCCUUUCGGGGUGAACCGAAUGAGCCAGCAGUAUUAUGUUCAGGAACUCGAAGUUAUGAGGUAAAAGAAGCUGAAACUUCAAGUACUUGUUUACUCAUACCUAGUAUUGAUGAAAUGGAAGCUAAAGCAGGUGAUUUAAGUGAAAAAAAAAUGGAAAGUGUACAAAUUCUGGGAGUAUACAGUAAAUAUUUUGAAAUACGGGAGUGCAGCCCUAAGUUAGGAAAACUUGUAAGAGUUUUAGAACCAACUGCAUUCAAAGGACUAGAGUAUGAAAAUACAAUUGAAAAAUCAGCACUUUUAGAUUGGGAUAAAGUUAAAAGUAUAAUUCAAGCCAGUGAUGGAGAAAUUUUACGUUAUCUACCUGAUCUUCUCGUUGUUGAGAUGGAUGGUUACUUUAGAUUAAUAUCCUUUGAAUUUGAAGCAAGAGCAGUCCCUUUGAUGCUUGAUUUACUAGAAGCAAAUUCUUGGGAAAUAGAUGAAGCAGAUAAAGAAGAAUCUUAUGAUUCCCUUAAAGAAAUAAUUCCUAAACCUGUUUUUGAAUGUUUAUUUGCUAAGUACGCCAGUCCAAGUGAUAAAACAAAAAAAGAUGGAACUAAAUUAUACAAAUAUGAUGAAGAAAAAUCAACUAAGCUGUUAGCCCGAAUGUUGUUAACUGGUUGUCCAUCCAAUAAUUUAAGUGAUUUCAUGGAAGCUUGGCAAAUAGGAUGUCCACCUGCACUUAAACCAAAAGAAGAAUACUUAUAUGGAGUAGGAAUCAUUUUAGAAGAUGAUAUGAGACGAAAACGUGUGAAUUUGUUUCUUGAAUGUGAUUUAUCCGAUAAUUUAUCAACAAGAUUAGACCAAUUAUUCAAAGCCAAACCAAAGUGGACUGUUAAAGAGAUAACCCCUUAUUUAGAAAAAUUUUCUACUAGUAGGCAAGAUGUGAAUGCAAUUUUGACAAAAUUUGCUAGACAGGCCACGGUGAAUGGAGAAAGAUUUUAUUGUUCAAAACAUGGAAGAUAAAGUCCGUGUUAUUUAUUAUGUAAAAUUUUGAAUUCAAAAGUAUAGAAUUAUAUUAAUUCUCGAAUA